AUGGAAACCAAUCUAAAUAAGGUACUGAAUCAAGGAGUACGUCAUCAAUUAAAUGGCUUGCUGUGCAAGUAUACCAAUGUUAUGAAAGGUUGGCAGUAUAGAUGGUUUACCGUGGAUCCACAAAGCGGUAUACUCAGUUAUUAUUUGUCGGACAGCACAUCGGCCUCGGAUGACGUACCCCCACCGGCUCAUGUACUAAAUGGUUCUCCACGUGGACAAGUACAUUUGGCUGGUGCUGUUGUCUGUCCCAGUGAUGAGGAUUCUCGCACAUUUUCAAUCGGCUGUGCUUCCGGUGAUACCAUUAAGCUGAGAGCAGCCGAUGCUAGGGCCCGCCAAGAAUGGGUAGAUGGUUUGCGGGCGGUUGUCGAAAGUCACACAAAAGCUAUGGAUAUAAGUAAUUCAACACCAUUGCCACCGAGAGAGCUAUUGGCCGCAUCCGAUGCAAUGGCUUCGGCUCGUCAAGCUUUAUACUUAACCGAACAAUGCAACGCUUCCCUCGCUCGAGCCAUCGAAAACAUUGAAUGUGAAACAUUUUCACCAACCGAUCCCGAUCUAUUGUUAAUGAAAGCAAUAUCUACCGCCAGUACACAAUGCCUACAUCAGUGCCUCAGCUUGUUGCAGCGUCAUCAAGAGAUCCAUACACCGCAUUCGGAGACGACAAGUGUUAAUUAG